UGCCAGAAUACUUUUUCCACGAGUUUUAGCUUUAUUCGCAAAACAAAGAUACUAUUUCCAAAAAAUAUAGUAUUUUUAAAUUGUGUUGCAUUUUCUCUUUAAGAUAUUAUGACGAUGCGGUUACAUGUAUUUAUAUUGUUGUUCUUCGUCGGAAGCGUCUUCGGAAGAGUAAACUCGCCUAUAUCUCGAAGCAAUGCUAACAUUGUGUCAACUUCUUUGAGAGUUCUCAACGGUUUAUAUAAUUUACAACCGUUGGGAAAAGAAUUAGGACAUUCGAGAAACAUGACAUCUCCUGACACGAGUGAUAUGAACGACAAUAUUCCAGAAUUACCGAAACCAGGUCUGCUAGUGUAUAUAAUAUUCGUUGAAAUUUUGAAGACAAUAUGCAUCGAUGAGGACAAUAUGCAAAGGAUCUUAAAUGAUACUGAUUUAUUGCCUUACAAAUAUUGGAUUAAACAUCUGAUGUGCAAUAUUAGUAAAACAUUAUUUUUCGCGGACAGUCCGAUCUUUGGAUAAGAAGAGUAGAAAGGAAAACAGCUGUGCAAAUUAUAAAUAAAUAUUUUAUAGAAUUAAGAAUUAUAAACUAUAAAGAAGAAUUAUAAAUAUUCUACAGCAAUAUACAUAUGUAAUCUUA